CAGCACUCAGCGCCGAUGUCUCAUCGAACCAUGGACUGGCUGAUGCCCCUGGGCUGCGUCUUGCUGUGGCCGGGGCUGGCGCUGGCUGAAGUGGGGUCAUUCACUGGCUGCAACAAGUAUUUCUACCGAGAUACUGAGCCACGUGGCUUUGCCACGGCCGACACGGCCGAGAUCUGCCAGAGGUACAGCAAUGUGUACUACUUUGCGACCCUCUAUGACAGGCCCCAGCGGAUCCCCCGCUGGUCAGCGUACACCCUGGGUGACCCUAACUGCCCAGGGCAGGCCCAGAAGAUGAGCCAGUGGUUCGUGGAGCCCCAGCUGGCUCAUCAAGAUAAGUCCCCAGAAAUGAAGACGGAGGCUGAGUCAACACUGAGCCUGGACGAGCGGAGAUCCAGCCAGGCCAUCAAUCAGGACUAUGAAGACACAUCAUAUGACCGGGGCCACCUGAACCCAAACGCCUUCCAGUGUAAUGUCGGACGCACGGCCACCUUCACCCUCACCAACGCCGCCCCCAUGGACCCCUGCUUCAACCGGAUCCACUGGUCCAAGCUGGAGAAAACCCUCAAGGCACAGCUAUCUGGGAGCUGCAGAAAUGUGGGAGGCAAACCCUACCUGGUGACAGGGGCUGUUCCUGGGGACACUGAGAAAAUCCCCAGAGAGGGGGAGGACAAAGAAGGGGACCGUGACCGGCCAUACAACCGGGUCUCGGUGCCCAGCCACAUCUGGACAGCUGUUUGCUGCGACCAUCGGGACAACAACCGCAAAUUCUCCUUCACCUUCAUAGGCGAGAACAAGGAGGCAUCCAGUCUUCAAAUCAUCCCUGUGGAGCAGCUAAACACAGAGCUAUCACGUCUGUACAAGACUCCUGGGCCAGUCGAGGUCUUUGCAGAUGACUGUGGCUCCGAGAGCCAGAAAGGACAAGAGGUGGUAUCAGCAAUAUAUAAAGCCUUGUACAAUACCUUCCAGAACUUUAUAACAGACUUUUACCCCCAGCUCCUUCCACCAGCGAAGAGGAGUAGACUGGACAGGGAGACCACCCAGGUGAUGACAAGCACAAACUUGGAUAAGAAGAAGAUGCAGCUGACGGGCAUUGGGUUCCUGGUGGGUAUUUCUAGCAUGGCAGACUGGCACAGCCAGUUUGAGAAGACGUACAAACAGGACAACCUGGCCUGUGUGCUGGCCCCUGCUGCGGCUGCAGUGGCAGAGGCGUCUGGGAUUUCGGACAGAGUCUGCACCCUCCAGGAGCAGAAACACCUGCCAAACUCUCGUGUAACAGCCUCAGGGUGGAGCUGUGUUGGGCAGGCCUGUGAGUAUCAUGGGUGCGCCUACAGCUGGUGUUACACGUCUGACAGCGAUGACUGGAAUUACUGCUGUACAGGGAAGUGCACAGUGAACCCAGUGUCUGAAGUAUACGAGUGCUCACGAGGAGAUGGCUCCACCAUACAAUGCUCACCCCAGUACUCCACGGUGACCAUCUCUGGGAAGCCCUGUCGGGCUGACCAUCCAUGUGGCCUUUAUGAGGAAAAAUACUUCUGGUGCUAUAUAGAUUAUAAAGGGAACUGGGACUAUUGCUGCUCCCCGCAGCACUACUGUGGGUACCACGGCUAUGAUUACCUGUGGUGUUACAUCCAGGACCCAGCAGGAUCCUGGGAGCCCUGCACCCUGUGA